AUGGAUCAUAACAAUUAUUUCUGUCUUUACAUUGGACAGGUGAGUUAUUUUGCCACAUGCUCCUGUCUGAGUGACAGGAGGCUGUUCCCAUCAUUCUUUAGAACUAUUCCAAGUGAUGCCUUUCAGGUACGAGCCAUUCUCCAAAUUCUGAGGCGGUUUAACUGGACUUGGUUUGGCCUGUUAAUCAGCGAUGACGACUACGGACUACACGCUGCCCGAUCUUUCCAGUCAGGCCUAACCCAGUCUGAGGGAGGCUGUCUGGCUUAUCUAGAGGUUCUGCCUUGGGGAAGAGAUGAAAACGAGCUCCAGAGGAUCGUUGGCAUAAUGAAGAAAUCCACAUCCCGUGUGGUUAUUGUUUUCUCACCUCAAAGCGACAUGCUUAAACUCAUGCAAGAGGUAGUGAGGCAGAAUGUUUCAGGCCUGCAGUGGAUUGCCAGUGAAGCCUGGACUACAGCAAUUGUUCUUCAGACCCCCAGCUACAUGCCUUUUCUUGCAGGCACUCUGGGAAUUGCCAUCCGCCGGGGAGAGAUACCUGGACUGAGGGAAUACCUACUGCAAAUACGCCCUGACAUUGACACACUCAGCAGCCAGGAAAACAAUUUAGUGCGGGUUUCACCUAACACAUCGAUUCAGAAUCGCAAGCAAAUAUAUUGUAGGAAUACUUUUCAAUGUAUAUGUGACCUGUACAUGAACUUGACACUGAUGUUUGCUUAUGAAUCCCUUUAUUCAUGAUUUCCCCUUCAUUAGGUAAAGCAGUUUUGGGAGCACGUAUUUCAGUGCAAGUUUGUAACCCCUGACAUGGAGUUUGAAGGGGAGACUCAAGAAAGACUAUGU